AUGCCAGCUGUUUUUACGGGCCUUCUGAGAUAUGCCACUGCCAGAUUCGACUUGGUACUGCCUGUUCGGAAAUCGGACUUCCACCCGACCGAGUUGUAUCCUAUCGCUCUGGCCACUAUACACGAGAGAUACCCUUACGAGCAAUGGCUGCAGGUUUUUACUGAUGGAUCCGCCACUUUUUCAACUGGUAUAGCUGGAGCCGGUGCGUACUCCAAAUAUUUCAACCUUAGAGAACCUCUUGACACUUGGGCAGAUAAUUUUGAUGGAAAAAUGUUUGCAAUCCUUAUGGCUAUUACAGCUAUUGGUGAACCAUCUGAACAAAACAUUGUUAUCUUUGUCGAUUCUCAGGCUGCUAUUCAGACCAUUUCUGAAUAUAAUUUAUAUCCCUCUGAACUUGAAUUUAAGUGUAAACAACGCAUUGACUCUCUUCUUUGUUCUGGAAGAGAGGUAGUCCUCCAGUGGAUCCCAGGCCACUGUGGCAUUUACGGAAAUGAACGAGCUGACAUGUUGGCUGGAGAGGCUUCAGCACUGCAUCCAUCUUCUCAUCCAGUUUCCCUUAGAAAUGCAAGGCGGUUUCUUAAGAGCAAAUGCAGGCACAGAACAAUAUCUGCUCUUAGAGACUUAGCUGAUGGAAAAUCCUGGACUAGCCUUCUUGAUGACCAGCAGCGCUCUCACCUUUCCCUCCUUCCCAGAGCUGAGGGAGUUGCUUGCCUUAGAUUAAUUACUGGACAUGACUACUUGCAGGCCCAUUUAUUUAAAAUUAACUUGGUCAAUUCACCUCUUUUUGUGCUCUGUAACACUUCACCUAUGACUGGGGAGCAUUUAUGUGAUUGCCCCUCUCUUCUUGACAUUCGUUCCUGUGAUGACUUUUGUGCCCUCUCACCUUCUGGAGCUACUUCAGUGUUGUAUUGA